UUUUUUUUGGUUCCAUCCCCUCUCCUUCCCCCACCUGCCACGUACCGUGCGGCAGCUUUCGCUAGGCGUGCUGGGUGUGUGCGAUUGGCCGGGCCCAGCGAGCCUGCGAACUACGUGCGGCGGCCGCGACGAACAGCGAGCGGCCCGCGACUGAAGCCUCCCUCUGAGAGCCCGGCGGCGGCCUCGCCUCGGCCCUGUCAGCGGUGACCUACGCUGAGGCGGCGGCCUCGGCUAGUCGUCUUUCUCUAGAGUUAACUCUGUAGAGCAUCCUGGAGUCUACCAUGAAUGAACAGUUGGACCUAAGUGGGAAGCUAAUUAUCAAAGCCCAACUUGGGGAGGAUAGUCGGCGAAUUCCCAUUCAUAAUGAAGAUAUUAAUGGAGAUCUUAUAACAAUUUUUGAUAGUUCUGACCUUUCCUUUGCAAUCCAGUGUAGUAGAAUACUGAAACUAACAUUAUUUGUUAAUGGCCAACCAAGACCCCUUGAAUCAAGUCAAGUGAAAUAUCUCCGUCGAGAACUGGUAGAACUUCGAAAUAAAGUGAAUCGUUUACUGGAUAGCUUGGAGCCACCUGGAGAACCAGGACCUUCUACUAGUAUUCCUGAAAAUGAUACAGUGGAUGGUAGGGAAGAAAAGCCUGCUGCCUCUGAUUCUUCUGGUAAACAGUCUACUCAAGUUAUGGCAGCAAGUAUGUCAGCUUUUGAUCCUCUGAAAAACCAGGAUGAAAUCAAUAAAAACGUUAUGUCAGCAUUUGGCUUAACAGAUGAUCAGGUUUCUGGGCCACCCAGUGCUCCAGCAGAAGAUCGUUCCGGAACUCCCGACAGCAUUGCUUCCUCCUCCUCAGCUGCUCACCCACCAGGAGUUCAGGCCCAACAGCCUCCGUAUACAGGAGCUCAGGCACAAGCAGGUCAGAUUGAAGGUCAGAUGUACCAACAGUACCAGCAGCAAGCUGGCUAUGGUGCACAGCAGCCUCAGGCUCCGCCUCAACAACCUCAGCAGUAUGGUAUUCAGUAUUCAGCUAGCUAUAGUCAGCAGACUGGACCUCAGCAACCUCAACAGUUCCAGGGAUAUGGCCAGCAACCAACUUCCCAGGCACCAGCUCCUGCCUUUUCUGGUCAGCCUCAACAACUGUCUGCUCAACCACCACAGCAGUACCAGGCGAGCAGUUAUCCUCAACAAACUUAUACUGCCCAAACUUCUCAGUCUACUAAUUAUACUGUGCCCCCUCCCUCUCAGCCUGGAAUAGCUCCAAGCCAGCCUGGGGCUUAUCAACCAAGACCAGGUUUUACUUCACCUCCAGGAAGUACCAUGGCCCCUCCUCCAAGUGGGCCUAACCCUUAUGCACGCAAUCGUCCUGCCUUUAGUCAGGGCUAUACCCAGCCUGGACCUGGUUAUCGAUAAGGAGGUUCAGCUGUCCUGAUGAAUAUAGCUGUUUGCCUCCCAAGACUCCAAUACUAUUUUAUUUUAACUUGUAUUGAAGUUCAGAAAUUUAAACAGCAGAGCAUUUUUUAUGGUAUCAUUGUUGCUGUUAAUUGAAAAUAUAAUUUGCUGGAACACAAAAAGACCAAAAUGAAAAUCUUUUUCCUCUCCUGCUUAAAAUGUAGCAGCUUUCUAGUUAUUUUGGAACACUACUCUUACAUGUGUGUAAAGUGAUUGGCUUUCUAGCUUCUCUUGUCCAGAGCAUAUUAAAACGCUAGGUUGAGGUUUAGCCAUCUUACUUGGCUUUUUACUGUUAACAUGAUGUACUAAAGUAGAAUCCUUUGAGAAGAUGACUAGAUACUAUAUAUAAAAAUGUAACAUUGAUAGGUUAAUAAAGGUGAUUGAAUCCAUUAGUGGUCUUGUAAUUUAAUCACUAACAUACGUAUAGUUUUAUUUCACAGAAAUGCUUAUUAAUAUUUGUUCUUAAAGUGAAAUAGCUUACAGAUUUCCAUUCAGAGAAACAAUGCCUUUUGGUUUUUGUAAUGAUUGUGAAAGAAAUGCAUUUAACAGUCACUGGUUUAAACCUUAAAGUAGAACUCACCUUAAUUGAGAAUAUUAACACAGUAGAUACACUAUGAAAAAGAUGAAAGGGUGUAGUAGAUCCUAACUUUGUGAUUUUGUUUCUUG